AUGGAGAAAUCGACUCAAGAUCCCGAACCUUCAGCAAAGAGGUAUCGCUGGACUCAAAAGUACAGGAAAGAGUGGGUGUCAGACGCAGACUUUGUCAGGUGGCUUAGACAAUCGAAACAUCAGCCUUUUAUGGCGACAUUCACUUUAUGCAACAAGGAGCUUAGGAAAGGUUCGGUCUAUGCUGCUGGUAGUAGAGGAGGUAAACUGAUCGACCGCAGAACGGAUAUUUCUGUUGUAUCUGCAAAGUUGGAAAAAGAAGCUGACCACAGCAAGCCUACCAAUUAUUAUAUGAUUACAAAAGUAACGUUAGCACAGCAGGAUGGAGAAACUGCACUACAACUUGCACAGAGUCGCAAUUGUAACGAUGCUGCAGAUGCAAUCACAUCAUAUGCUGGCAGGUCAUCAUCUGCAUCGUCAGUGUUAUCUUCGCCUGUUAACAAAGCAGAGGCAGUGACAACUGGAGAGGUACUGCAGCCCACAUUUGAAAAAGGGGAUGAAGUGAGAGAAGACAUCAGCGCUGUAAAUGGCAUCGUAAAUGAAAUGGAGGCUAUAGCUAAAGAAGAGAUCAUAAGUGAAGAAGCUAUAGUUGAAGGAGAAAUUUUUGUUACAGCAAGUAUGCAAAUCAACACGAAGCAGAGUGAAUGUACAGUUUUGAGUGGUAUAAGAUUGCUUGUGUGUAAUUAUAGUCUGUGUAAUGUUUCCGUACCAUAUUUUAUAGCACUUAGAUCAAGUGAAGACGACGUCAGCAAUCUAAAUUACAAAAGUACAUUAAAUUUAUCAUCACAAGAAACAGUUACCAAUGGUCAAAAAAGAUCGACAAAAUCUCUGCGUGAUCUUGAUCUCAGCAUGGUACUGAUUGGGAUCCUGUUGGGUGCUGUCGUUAAUAACUGUUUCAGUUGGUGGUACAUAAUGCUUGCUGCUCUUUCUGUACUCGCUGUAAUGUUUUGUUAGUUUGCACAUAUGUUUAAUGCGCGAGAUAGUGAUUUCGCAGUAUAUUCUGAAUUAUUAUACAUGCUAUUAAAACU